UGUACACACGCCCCUAAAGCCCACACAGACAGACAGAACCCUUCCGUGGAGACGCCAGUGACAGGAAACUCGCUUUUGCACAGGAACUUGCUAAUCGCUUUUGUCACCCUCGGACUGUUCCUGCUCCCUUAGUCACCUCCAACCCCCGGGCCCACCGCCUCGGGCUGGGCUCUCCCGGUGUGGUCCAGGGCUGCCCUUGGUCCUUCCACGUGACUCACUGGGAGCCGUGGGGAGGACAGAGGGAGAGGUGGUUCCCCGGAGGACCUCACAGCCGCGAUCGAUAGGCUCCAGCUACACCGACUUCUGCAUGGCGGUGGGGAGCAGCUUAGAUUUCCGGAGUCAGUCAUCUUGGUGUUGAGACAUCCGUUUGGCAUUCUACGACAGCUCCAAAAAGUGGCUGGGAUCCGCUAGAGGCUGAGGCCACACACGCCCAGCUGCCUUCACCCGGCCGCCUUCCUGCUUCUUGGCCAGUCAAGAGGGGUUUACCAGUGUCGUUCACACACCAGUUGGCAACCAAGCUUCAGAGGUUUUCCAAGCAGUCGCUGCCUCUCACACCUGGGUGGACGGGAGAAGAAACAUCUGUAAUUGAUGCCCGAGAUUCUGAGAACAUAAACCCCGGUUGCCGUCUUCUUACUGGAUGGAGCCUGCCGCAGCAGCCCACUGAGGGUUACUUCCCUUAGGACCCUGACUCGUCAGUGGGACUGCAGAUAGGGAAGAUGCUGAGUUCUAUCAAAUGCGUGUUGGUAGGGGACAGCGCCGUGGGGAAAACCUCACUGCUGGUGCGCUUCACCUCUGAGACCUUCCCGGAGGCCUACAAGCCCACUGUGUACGAGAACACGGGCGUGGACGUCUUCAUGGACGGCAUCCAGAUCAGCCUGGGCCUCUGGGACACUGCCGGCAACGAUGCCUUCCGAAGCAUCCGCCCCCUGUCCUACCAGCAGGCGGACGUGGUACUCAUGUGCUACUCUGUGGCCAAUCAUAACUCAUUCCUGAACUUGAAGAACAAAUGGAUUAGUGAGAUCAGGAGCAACCUACCCUGUACCCCGGUGCUGGUUGUGGCUACACAGACUGACCAGAGAGAGGUAGGACCUCACAGGGCCUCUUGCAUCAAUGCCUUAGAAGGGAAGAGACUUGCCCAGGAUGUGCGAGCCAAGGGCUACCUGGAGUGCUCCGCCCUUAGCAACCGGGGAGUACAGCAGGUAUUUGAAUGUGCCGUCAGAACGGCUGUCAACCAGGCCAGGAGACGAAACAGAAGGAAGCUCUUCUCCAUCAAUGAGUGCAAGAUCUUCUAAACCCCAACACCCGACAUUCGUGAACGUACCUCAAGGACUGACGGGAGAGGGGAAGGUGCCAAGCCAAGGGGGUUGCUGCUCUUUCUUGGCACACUUGAACAGCCUUUCUUUCUGGAUGGAGUUAUCAAGGGGGUCGGUCACCAAUGCUUCCGCUAACUGUACUCUACAGAUAAACUCUUCGCCCAGCACAGCCAGAGAGAUUCCUUGGGAAGCCAAAUGAAUAGUCCAUCUUCAAUGAAAAACUAAACAACCAUCCUAAUUUAGACAAUGAAGUGAAUUUCCCAAGUAUGUGAUAUUUAAACUCACGUCUUAUUUAAAUAACAGUAGUUAGCCAUAUAGCUUUUGUUUUCAUGCUUGGGAAGUCUUUUCUUUGAAAAGGCAAACUGCUGUAUGAGGGAAAUAACCUUGUGGGGCUCAGCCAUAUGUCUGUGGUGUUAUUAUUUACUCCUGAAUUGAAUUUGGUUGAAACUAU